CCUCCGUCGGAGCUCAAAAGAUCUUGUCUCAUCACUGCUAUACUGGCAUACUACUGCAUCCAUUUACCACUGCAUUCUCCCACAACCACGAUUAUAAUUACUCUAUACGCACACUUACACAAAUAAAUUCACAAUGGGUAUCUUCGGCGGCUCUUCUUCCCCCUCCACCGACGCCUCCAGCAAGGAAGUCAAGGAGGCCCUUUUCAAGCAAGUCCAGGCCGAAUCCGCCAUGAGCAACGCCCGCACUCUGAUCACCAACGUCAACGAACACUGCUUCGAAGCCUGCGUUCCCACUCCCGGAACGACCAUGUCCGCCGGCGAACAGGCCUGCCUGACCGACUGCAUGGAGAAGUACAUCGCCUUCUGGAACACUGUUAGCCGGACAUACACCCGUCGCGUGGGCACCGAGCAGAAGAAGAUGCUUUCGCUGUGAUUUGCUGCCAUAUAUUCUUCUUCGUUGAUAUCCGUGCUGGUUGGGAGUGGUUGGAUUUAGGCGGACCACUUCUCUUCCAUGUGUUUGGCCAC